AUGUUGAAAACAUCUACAUCAAUGAGUCGUUCCCUCGACAAAAGACUCGAUAAGCAAUCCGACAAUCAAGAACUUUUUAAAGCCGGGUCAACAUUUCCAUUUGAAAAGGAAGCAAGGGCCCAAUCUAAUAGUCAAAUUAGUACUGAUAAUGAAAGUGAAGUAAGAAAACCUUCCGAUUCUGAAAAAGAGGAGCAGACAAAAACAGAAAAGAAUGGCCUUAAAUCUAAGGCUUGGAAAGUUGUCGCCGAAGAGGAGACAAAUGGUGACGUAAUUAAAGAGUCUAAUGGUACUACAAUACAGCACGCUGGCAGUGAUUCUCCAGACAACAAAAUAUCAGAUAAAUUGGACAGCCCGACGUCGCCCAACGAUUCAUCCGAAAUGAGUUCGCUAUCAGAAUCGCCGUCCUUAUUGAAUGACGAUCCAAAGCUUAAAAUUUCUAACAUCACCACUACAAGCAUCACAUCUGAAGAUGAAUCAUUGUCAAAAAUGGAUGCGUCAGAAAAUAAUCGAAUAUGCAAAAAAAGACGCUGGGAUGAGCGUGACCAAAAUGGAAAUGAAGAUGAUGAGCACGAUGAAAAUGAUAAACCGCGGGUUGAAGUCCAAGAAGAUCUAAAAAUGAUUGAAAGAGAUUUUGUACAACUGAGAGAUCAGCUAUAUCGUGAACAAAUUCAAGAGCUUGAUAAAGAAAUUGCGGAAAUAAAACAAGGAGUUCAUCCUGAUCAAAUAUCAUGUAUGGACGAAAUUGACAAGAAACGGCGAAAGCGUUCAGAGAUAACAUCAUCACGGAAACGAUAUCAAGAAUUACAUUGUCAAAGACAAUACGAAGAAUCCGAAUACAGAACAUACCGUCAAUUCUUGUCAGAUCGUUAUGCACUGAAAAGGCAUAUACUAGAUGAUUUAGAAAACCGUCGAUUUAAGUUGAUAAGAGAAAAGAAUAACCUAGAUGAUUCCUCACGUAUUGAACCGUUGCAUUCUGGUGAUAUCGACGAAGAUUUUGCAUUGAUGGGG